AUGUCUUUUAACAAUCACGCCGCUUACAGUCCGACCGCGAUGUCAUCUUCAACUGGACCUUCUGGCCUGUCAAACAGCCUCCUAUCGACAUCUAUAUCCUCUCUAGCUUCUUCUACAUCUUCACGGCAUCCUUCCCAAAUUUCGAAGACCUAUCGACAGGCUUCUACUUUAUUCCUCACGCGUCGUUUGCCUGAAGCUCUGACGACACUAGUCCCGUUGAUUACUCCACCCGAACAUGUUGACGACGGCGAACCUGCGCCAGUUGCUCGAGCAUCAAGAACGACUCGCAUUAAGGUCUGGAGCCUGUAUCUUACUAUCCUCAAUGGUAUUGUCGAGUUAGAACCCGAGGAGGGCAAGGAUGCUUUCGGAAACCAAGAAUGGAGAGCCUUGUGUACCAAAGUUCGCGAAGGAGAAAUAUGGGAUGAGGUAGUCACGAAUGGUUACCAUGGAGUGGAGGGCGAUGUUGACUCCGACGUAGUCAUUAAUCUCGCGACAAUAUUGUUGGCACAUGCCCGUGACCAGAAGCUUAACCAGCACAAACUCGAGGCUUAUCUGGCCGCCUCCAACACACCAAAUCUUGAUGUCGCUGGGCGGCUCGCUGAAUCAACGAGCUCGCCCAUGUCGAACCGAUAUCGGUCUCCUGCGAAGGGGGCGAGUGGCGCCAACACGCCUAGAGAUCUAAAUGCUCGUGUCAAGAUUCUGGAGUUAUACACCCUCCAUGUCCUCUUGCGCAACAACGAAUGGGAUUAUGCUCGUGAAUUUAUCAGCGUCAGCUCAGUCCUAGAUGAAGAGCGCCGCGAAGCCUUCCUGCAAGCAUUGCAAAGCCUACACGAUGAACAGCAAGAACAGGAAAGACUGGAGAAUGAGGAGCGCCAGCGACAGGAGAAUGAGCUGAAGAGAGAAAUUGAGGAGGCGAAGAGACUGCGCGCCGAGAACGAAGAGAAGGAAAGAAGACGAAUAGAAGAGGAGCGUCUGAAGCGCGAAGGGAGCGAGGUUGAUUACGGGAUUGACGAUACAGCUAGCCAUACCGGGUCAACUCGACCUCGAAAGGCCAGAGCUCCAUCAUCUUCGUCGUCGAAACAGUCAAGGCCUCGAGGGACGAAUCAAGCAGGCCCCAAAGCCAAUGGCAAAGCAGUCUCGCAGGCCCCAACUCUUACAUCACGCGCUUCCAUGGUUAUCACACAACUGCGGACUAUUAUCGAAAAUUUGGGCUCCUCACUAAACUCAAACCCGAUGUUCUUAUUCAAAUUUCUGGCGUUUGUCAUGGGCUUGAUUCUCAUGUUGAGUAACACCAACAUUCGGGAGAGAGUGAAGAGAAUGCUUGCGGUCUUUUGGUCUAAGGUCAAGGGCACAGCCGGAAUGGGGGUGAAGAAUAACUGGGAAGAGUAUUGUCAGCACCCUGCUGCUAAGCCAGACUACAAUGGUCCAGGGACUACUCACAUCUGUUCUCGAACUGCCGAGGUUUAUAAUCUUAGGACAUCCGUCGCGAUCCUUUUCGAGGCGAGUACAUUCAAAACAGUAGAACGCGUCCGAGAUGCCCUCACCACCGCACACAACGCAUUUAUUCUGGUAGUUGCCGAAGCUACAUUCGUCACAAAUGCGUACGAGCGUCGUGGGCCGAACGUAGGAGUCGCAAACUGGGCAUUUACCAUCGCACUUAUCACAGAGACGACCGAUGGCAAUACCGGCCUGUUUGCGACACAUAACAAGAUCGCUGCGCGACAGCUCCGUCCCUUGGAUGAUACCAAAGCAGACCACGAGCAAGAUAAAGAUACAAUGUCUGAGUAUGCACCGAACAAGGACUCUAUGAAAAGAAAGGCUUCAAUAAACGCUGGCGAACUCUCCCCGAAACGAACGAAACAUGACGAAUAUUUCCGCGAAGCACCAAGCGAACCACGGAGGAGAAACUCUUCUACAAACCGCCACAAUUCAUAUGGAGACUCUCCAGACAUCGACAUAGAUCGCCGUAAAAACGCGACACAAGAAGAGAAGAGACGCGGGAAGCGGUUAUUCGGGGGUCUUCUCAGCACCCUGAGCCAGACAAGUGGCAGUGUGCAGCAGAAGCGCCGUUUGGAGAUAGAACGCAGACAACAAGACCGGUUACAGAAACAGAACAUUGAGGAAGAUAGGCUGCGCGAGGAGAAACGACUGCGACUCACUGAGAUCCGGAGAGGCGAACAACUGACGCUCGAUGAGGAGGUUAUGCAUAGCAAGCAUAUCAAAAUGCUUGCGAUGGCUCCGUACCUACGCACAAAAUCAAGGCCGCAUAUCUACUAUCUUCCUUGGAAGCUUACAGCAGAACAAGAAGACACAAUAGAUGAUCAGAUCCGGCAAACGAAGGUCACAAUAGAGCGCGAAGUUGAAGGUUUGAACGCAAGAAAAGGGCAACAGGCGAAAGGAGGAAGACAGCCGCUAGAGACGACAGCGCCGUCAAGGGAGGACUUGGAUCACGACUCCAAAGGCAUAAAUGGGCCCGACAAAUCGCCACAUGGUCAAGAGAAGCUGAUUCAGGCGUCUAAUCAUGACCAUCAUCACGAUGAGGCGGCAGAUGUAUUGGAGGAAGCUGACGAAGAUAUGGUGAUUUACUGA